GCAUUGAAUAUCUUCCGCUACAUCAUUUCGAGAGAGCACACACACAUACUCAGGAUAGUAACCGGGAUUCGGGUCAUGAUUACACUUUAAUGGGCAAGGCUUGGAAUCAGACAGGAUGGAACAAGUUAUCAUAG